AUGUCUCCCAGAAUAACCAGAUCUUCCGCCCGCCAAGCAGCGAGCCAGGCGGCUCGAGCUCCUGCUGCCUCAUCAGAGUCCUCGGCUCCAACUGCUCCCCCACCACCACCGUCGUCGUCGUCGUCGUCGUCCCGGAAGCGAAAAGUUUCGAGCGCGGAGAAGAACCUUGCGACCGGACCCCAACCUAGCUCUUCGGUUCGACGGUCCAAGAGACAAAAGAUUCCUGAAGCUGCUGUCCCGCCACCACCACCAGAAACCGUACCUAAUUCAUCCCACUCAUCCUUGCCGCGGAAGGGGAGGGCUGCAGCGGAUAUGGAUGGCGCCGAUUCUAAUACUGGUAGCCGAAGAUCAGCUCGAAGCAAGCGAACUUCUAACCAGUCCCAAGCCACCGUAACUUCGAUGCCUGCAAGUCGAGAUUCACAACUAUUCACAGGAAAUGCUUCCGAUCAGGAUGCCAUUAUGACCGGCAUGGGCGAUGACAAGGAUCACUUUUCUUCUUCGUCACCUCAUAGGGAAGAUGCACAAUCCUCAAAGAUUGGCAAAGGCGAUGGUCAUGGAGAGGACGAUGACUUGAGUAGAGACGGCGGCACAACCUCCAUCGAACAUGCUUCAUUCAACGACGACGAUGAAGACGAAGAGGACGAAGAGGAGGACGAGGACGAACAUGAAAAUGACCACGACAACGAAAACGAGGACGAGGACGACGAUGAUGAUGACGAUGAAGAUGACGACGAAAACGAAGACGAUCCCUUUGGCGCUUACGGCGGCCCAGGAGACCAUGACUCCGGCCUUUCCAGCACCUUGCGGGCUUUGACCGGCAUGAUGACCGGCUUGUCUAGUCGACUUCGGGAACUUCUUGCAAGUCUACGUAGUGAAGAUUCGUCUGUCCAGGUGAUCGCUCUGCAAGAGCUGUCCGAGAUUUUCCUAGUGUCUAAUGAAGAUAAUCUCUCGGGUCACUUUUCUCCCGACGCCUUCGUCAAAGAGCUCGUUCAGCUCAUGUCCAAGGAAGAGAGCCCAGAGAUCAUGCUCUUGGCCUGUCGCUGCCUUGCGAACCUCAUGGAAGCUCUACCCGCAAGCAUUGCUAAUGUUGUGUAUGGAAAUGCCGUCCCAGUUCUCUGCCAAAAGCUGCUUGAAAUCUCAUUCAUAGACCUCGCCGAGCAAGCUCUGAGUACGCUUGAGAAGAUCUCAACCGAAUAUCCUUCCAGUAUCGUUCGAGAAGGGGGGCUUACAGCGUGUCUAUCCUACCUUGACUUCUUUGCAACCAGCACGCAGCGAACGGCUGUGACCACUGCGGCCAAUUGCUGUCGGAACAUUCCCGAUGACUCGUUCCCUGUGGUUAAAGAUGUUAUGCCAACCCUCCUGAAUGUCCUCAACAGUAACGACCAAAGAGUUGUGGAGCAAGCUUCCUUGUGUGUUUCUGGCAUCGCUGAAAGCUUCAAGUAUCACCCAUCGAAGCUCGAAGAGUUGAUUAGCGUUGACCUUUUGCGCGCAAUACUACGCCUUCUCGUCCCGGGGACCACCAAUCUUAUUGGACCUAAUAUCCAUACACAGUUCCUCCGCGUGCUAGCUUUCACCGCCAGGGCCAGUCCCAGACUCUCUUCUGAGCUGUUCAAAUUAAAUGUGGUGGAGACGCUCUAUCAGAUCUUGACGGGCGUCUCUCCUCCAACAGGGACCGAAGAUGUAGCAUCCAAGCUGGACAGCGUGAUUGUCAUGCAGGCGCUUAUUCAUCGACCUCGUGAGCAGAUUGUGGAAGCUCUCAAUGUCAUAUGCGAGCUGCUUCCGGGUUUGCCUCGCAAUGCAGGAGUUGCCGUGGGAGACUUCAUGGAGUUGCACGAUGCGAUUGAGCCCAUUACGCCGUCAUCCUUGAGCGGCAGAAGCAACUCGAAUCACAACGACCGCCGCCUUGAGCUUUUGGAGGACUGCAAGGAUCAAGUUCGCCGUUUCGUGCUCAUCAUAUUCCCAACAUUAACGGAUGCCUUCUCCAGCACAAUCAACCUGAGCGUUCGCCAGAAAGUCCUGACUGCCCAGAUAAAGAUGCUCUCCAACUUGGACGAGGGCCUACUUGCGGAGGCAUUGGCACCAGUACCUUAUGCAUCCUUUUUGGCUUCAAUUUUGUCACAAGAAGAUCAUCCUUCCCUGGUUAUUUUAGGUCUUCAAGCGACUGAGUUACUCCUUACUCGCCUUGACAGCGUUUAUCGAUACCAGCUUUAUCGCGAGGGCGUGAUAUUUGAGAUACAAAAAUUAGCCUUGGAUGAUGGCCAGCCCAGCAUAAAAGAGGAUCCUUCCAAAUUGAAGAAUGGGCCUCGAAGGUUGAGCUUGCCUGAUGCUGGCGAUAGCAGCGCGCCGUCAUCAGAUCAUGAAUCCGACGACAAUGACAAUGAAGACGAAGAGGCUGAGGACGAAGGCGCUGCUCAUGAGCACCACUCUUCUGGUGGCGAUGAUGAGGAUGUCGAUAACGAGCUCAACGCUAGUGACGCAUCGCCAGCCAGUUCUCGUGGCUCGUCAAUGUCCUUGGAUGCCGCAUCUCUUCCUUACGUCUCCAAUGUUCAACUAAUGAAGUCCCGUAUCGUCGUCAUCGCCAAAAAAUUCUUAGAGGCCCACGAGAAAGACGGUCGCAGCCAAGACAUGCGAACGCAGGCCACACAGAUACUCGAAACUUUAUCUCAUCUAGCAGACGAGCUCGAGGCCUUCUAUUUGACUCGCACAUCCAAGACGUUGUCUCCGGAAACUGGACGAAUGCUCUUUACAAAGCUUUCGUCUUACUUUGACUCCGAUAUCCUGGAAAGUAUUACUAGCGCAGAGCUCCUGGCCUCUGGCAUGGCAAGCUUCUUGGAAGUAUUCAUGAGUCCCCCAACGAAAUCUAGACCUAGAACUGGCGUCACUGAAUCACAAGCCACGCCAUUUAGUGUGCUGAUUCAUAAGCUACAAGAUCUGCUCAGUAGGUCAGAGCAUUUUGAAGUUAUCACAGUUCAUCAAAACAGCUUUGAGGGCAAUCGCAGCAGUCCGGCCUCGAUGCUGGGCAAGCAACUUAAACUGAGGCUCGUCGCGGACGAUGAAUUGUCGAUUCCGCGCCCCUAUCGAAACAUCAUGGUGUCCAUUCACGCAAUUGCUACGUUCAAGUCUCUGGACGAUUAUCUUCGCCCAAGAAUUAGCUUAGCAGAGCGGCCAAGGAUCUCCCGAAGGGAUGGACUUUCUAGGGCUCUUGCGGCUAUAGCCAGCUCUGGCUUAUCCCAGAAUCUUACAGCAGGCGCCGGUCUAACUGAGCAGCCUCCCGCUCUGCCUGGGACUACGCAACAGCCACCCCUGCCACCGACAUCUUCUGCGUCUUCUGGCUCUAGAUUCUCUGGAAACAUCAACAGAUCCUUACGGCGGUCUUCCAGACUCUUCAGAUCACCAGCAGAUGUACCAACUCCCCCGACUCGUCCUCCCGAUGAAGACAAGGCGCCGCAGCCUACCUUGGAGUGUGCAGAUGAGAAGCAGCUCACUGAUGACGAGGACGAUGACGCUGGUGAUAGUACUGCUCUUGAUGCCAUUGUCGGCGAGCUCGAUGAAGACAUUGGGGAGAAAGGAGAGGCUGAUACUUCUGCCGUCAAUCUGGAAGUCGCUGCUGAGAACACUAUUUUGACUCAAAAAGAAGAUAACUCUAGAGUUGCGACACCACCGGGAGCAAAUCUUCAUGGCUACGAUCGAGUACUGUAUAGGAACAGUGCUCAUGCAGCACCCCACUCUUCAUCACGGCAUACUUCUUACGCCUCUAUACUUCAGACUAUCCCCCAAGAUUGGCAUAUUGAGUUUACUCUGGAUGGCAAGAUUAUUCCGAACGAGACAACCAUUUACCGCGCCGUUCACAUGUCGACAUCUUCUGCGAAUGACCACGGUAAUAAAAACAUCUGGUCUUCGACGCAUCCCAUCAAGUUUCGAAGAGUUUCUGGGCAGCCCCCUGCAGAGUCCAGGACGACUAGCUUCAACGCCGAAGUUGAUGGAGAAAUAGAUAAAGGGAUGGCGGCUUCACUGGCGAAGCAUCCAAUCACUGCUUCCAUUUUGCAACUUCUCAACAUCCUUCAUGACCUCAAUGCCAACAUCGAAGAUGUCUUGUUUGUGAACACAAAACUUACGGCUAAGCUCAAUCGUCAGCUUGAGGAGCCACUGAUUGUCGCAAGCAGCUGUUUGCCAAGCUGGUCUGAAGACCUAGCACGCCUUUACCCCUUUUUAUUCCCCUUUGAGACGCGACACCUCUUUCUCCAGUCGACAUCCUUUGGGUAUGCUAGGUCAAUGGCUCGUUGGCAGAAUGCGCACUCCACGGAUGAUAACCGGCGAGACCGCUCCAACGAGCGGCCAUUCUUGGGCCGCCUCCAGCGCCAAAAGGUGCGAAUUUCCCGACUUAAGAUUCUCGAAUCCGCUUUGAAAGUUAUGGAACUGUACGGCGCUUCUCAAAGCAUACUAGAGGUGGAGUAUUUCGAGGAAGUUGGCACUGGCUUGGGCCCAACUCUUGAAUUCUACUCUACAGUGUCGAAGGAAUUCUCCAAGAAGAAGCUCAAGCUUUGGCGUGAAGUCGACUCUGCUGGGUCAGACGAGUUUGUGACCGGCCAGACAGGACUAUUCCCUCGCCCACUCAGUGCUGAGGAGGCGACCACACCGAAUGGAGAGCGCAUUCUUCACAUGUUUAAAGCUCUCGGAAAAUUUGUGGCUCGGUCAAUGAUUGACUCUCGUAUCAUUGAUAUCCAUUUGAACCCAAUCUUUUUCAGAAUCGGAGAUGCCUCUUUGACUGGUGUUAAGCCAUCUCUAGGAGCAGUCAAGAUUGUCGAUCCCGGUCUUGCUCGCUCACUCAUAACGAUCAAAAAGUUCGUACUGGCCAAGAAGGAAAUUGACGAAGACCCAGCCCGCACGCCUGCGCAGAAAGUGGCAGAUACUGAGGGAAUUAUGAUUGACAAUAUGAGGCUAGAGGACCUCUGUCUCGAUUUUACCCUGCCUGGCUAUCCAGAUAUUGAGCUCCAAGAGCACGGCUCUCUAAAGCGAGUCACCAUUGAGAAUGUUGAUUUAUACUUGGAAAAGGUCAUUGACAUGACUCUGGGAUCUGGCGUCAAACGUCAGAUUGAUGCCUUUCGCACUGGCUUCUCGCAAGUUUUCCCCUACACGGCACUAAGAGCCUUUACGCCAGACGAAUUGGUUUCAUUGUUUGGCCGAGUAGAAGAGGACUGGAGUCUUGAGACCCUCAUGGAUUCGAUCAAGGCCGACCAUGGCUACAACAUGGACAGCCGAAGCGUCAAGAAUUUACUGCAGACUAUGAGCGAACUUGAUCUCAAACAACGACGAGAUUUCCUACAGUUUACUACGGGCAGCCCAAAGCUUCCCAUUGGCGGGUUUAAAAGCUUAACUCCGAUGUUUACUGUUGUUUGUAAACCCAGCGAGCCUCCGUACACCUCAGACGCUUACCUUCCGAGCGUCAUGACGUGCGUGAAUUAUCUAAAGCUUCCAGAUUACACUACCAUGGAUAUCCUCAAAAAGCAGCUGUACACUGCAAUCAGGGAAGGGCAGGGAGCGUUUCAUUUGUCAUGA